AUCAGAGAGGCCUUAUGAUGUUUUGCACAAAAGUGCCUGUGUUCAUAGUUUUACUCAGGGCACCCAAAAUAGCACGCAGUAAGCAGUGUCAUACUGUGAGUUUUCAAAACUAAAAGCAGGAGUGACUUAUACUGGCAGGAAGCUCUAACUCUUAAAGCUUUCCAAGGAUUUGUGAAGUAAAAAAGAACUGCUAACUUCUCCUCAUUGGAUGUUUAAUUUGACUUUAACAAUACUUACUUCUUCAAACCUAGAAGGCCCUGAAUUUAAACGGGGAAAGAUAUUCCUUUGUUGCAUUUCAGAUAAUUUAAUAAGUUUGGAAUAACUCAACUUUGGAACAGUUCAGAGUUCAACCAUUUUCUCAAGAUGAAAAUUGAUUGAAGAGAGGCUUCAGCAUGAAUUGUUCCACUUUGCUAUGUCUCUUGCUGACAGUAGUUCAGCUUUGGCUUUUCUCUCCAAGCACACAGAACCACAGUGCCCAAAACACAAAUCAGUCUUACACAACAGUUCGAAGAGUAAAGCGUGGCUGGAUAUGGGAGCCGCUUUUUGUAACUGAGGAACAGACCUCAAGGAUGCCUGUGUAUGUUGGACAGCUGAAAUCAGAUUUAGACAAACAGGAUGGCAACUUACAAUACAUUUUGACUGGGGAAGGAGCUGGAAGCAUUUUUAUCAUUGAUGAAUAUAAUGGCAAAAUUUAUGUGAUACAAAAGGUGGAUCGAGAAGAGAAACCCUUCUAUAUUCUAAGAGCACAGGCACUUAACAGGAACACUCGUCUUCCUGUUGAACCUGAAUCAGAAUUUAUUAUCAAGGUUCGAGAUAUCAAUGAUCACAAACCACAGUUCUUGGAUGGACCUUAUGUGGCUACUGUUCCAGAGAUGUCACCUGAAGGUACUUCGGUUGCACAGGUAACAGCUACUGAUGGUGAUGAUCCUUCUUAUGGGAAUAGUGCCCGUCUGAUUUACAGUCUCAUUCAGGGUCAGCCUUAUUUCUCUGUGGAGCCAAAGACAGGGGUCAUCAGAAUGGCUUCCCAAAUGGAUAGAGAAACAAAAGAUCAGUAUUUGGUCAUCAUCCAAGCCAAAGAUAUGGUUGGACAAGCUGGGGCAUUUUCAGCAACAGCUACAGUUACCAUCAGUCUCUCUGACAUGAAUGACAAUCCACCUAAAUUUCAAGAGAGACUAUACUAUUUGAAUAUCUCUGAAGAUGCUCCUGUGGGCACUACUGUAGGCAAAAUCAUGGCAGAAGACAGCGACAUAGGGGAGAAUGCAGCCAUGAACUAUUUCAUUGAAGGAGAUAGUUCAGAUGUUUUCGGCAUCAUUACUGACAAUGAGACUCAAGAAGGAAUUAUCUUAUUAAAAAAGAGAGUGGAUUAUGAAAGCAAGAGGAGACACAGUGUUAGCAUUAAAGCUGUAAACAGAUACAUUGAUGACCGUUUUCUGAAAGAAGGACCAUUUGAAGACACAACUACUGUCAAAAUCAGUGUGCAAGAUGCUGAUGAACCUCCAGUGUUCAACUUGGAGAAUUAUGUGAUGGAGAUAGCUGAAGGGGUUGCAAAUGGCUCAUUGGUAGGCGUUGUUUCUGCAAGAGACCCAGACAAUGUUGAAAGCCCAGUCAGGUAUUCUAUUGUCCAAGUCAUGCAUUUAAAGAGAUUGUUCAGCAUCAAUGAACACAAUGGAACAAUCAUUACAACUGAACCUCUGGACCGAGAGAUUGCUUCUUGGCACAACAUAACUGUUACAGCCACAGAAACCAGAAAUCCUGAAAAAAUUUCAGAAGCAAAUGUAUAUAUCCAAGUUCUUGAUGUUAAUGAUCAUGCACCAGAAUUUGCUAAAUUUUAUGAAACAUUUGUUUGUGAAAAUGCAGUUUCUAACCAGCUAAUUCAGAGCAUCAGUGCAGUGGAUAAAGAUGAUUCAGAAGAAAGUCAUCAUUUUUACUUCGCAUUGGCUCAGGAAGGUAAAAACAACUCACGUUUUACCGUCAAAGAUAAUCAAGAUAACACAGCUGGAAUUUUCACAGCAAAAAGUGGUUUCAGUAGACAAGAACAGUUUUAUUUCUAUUUGCCAAUAUUAAUUCUGGAUAAUGGAUCCCCACCACUUACGAGCACAAAUACUCUCACUGUCACUGUCUGUGACUGUGACACUGAAGUGAACACCUUCUACUGUCGAUAUGGAGCUUUCAUGUAUUCCAUGGGUCUCAGUACAGAAGCUUUAGUUGCUGUUUUGGCUUGCAUACUAAUACUCCUGGUUUUUUUUUUGGCAAUUGUAGCCAUAAGACAGCAGAGGAAGAAGUCCCUCUUCUCAGAGAAAGUGGAAGAAUUUAGAGAGAACAUUGUCAGGUAUGAUGAUGAAGGAGGUGGUGAGGAGGAUACCGAAGCUUUUGAUAUUUCAGCACUGAGGACCCGCACAGUCAUGAGAACAUGCAAACCCCGAAAGAACAUUACCACAGAAAUCCACAGCCUCUACAGACAGUCUCUGCAGGUUGGCCCUGACAGUGCCAUCUUCAGGCAAUUUAUUUCAGAAAAGCUUGAAGAAGCCAAUACAGAUCCUAGUGCUCCUCCAUAUGACUCACUUCAGAGAUAUGUGUUUGAGGGGACUGGCUCUUUGGCAGGAUCUCUCAGCUCCUUAGGCUCAGACAUGUCAGAUGUGGAUCAGAAUUAUGACUACCUUUCAGACUGGGGACCUCACUUCAAACAGCUUGCAGGAAUGUAUGUUUCUCAUAGGAGUGCAAGGGAUUAGUUACUAUUUGCUUUUUUUUUGUUUUUGUUUUUGUUUUUGUUUUUGCUCUUUCUUAAAUGCUCAGCAACCAAAACCAACUCUGAUUUUUUU